AAACAAACAGGAGAGGAGAGGAAACGAGCAGCAGCAAGCACUUUGGUGGCUUUGGGCUCCCUCGGGGAAAUUUUAUAUAAUUUAUAUCCGUUUUUGUAACAAUUUAAUACCGUGUUUCCUAGAGACUUUUAAUACUUUGAUACACUGGUUUUGACAUUUUUUGACACGACACCUGGCAAGGAUUGGUUGUAGCUUGCCAGCUUGGAAACACUGGAUUUCCCCCCCUCUCUUCUUUCGACAAAGCUGCCGAUGAGCCAGCGAAGACACAGAAAAAGAUAAUAACACGACGUGUUUUAAAAAAAAAUAACACUCAGUGUAGUAAUAACCGAUGCACUGUCUUCCCUGGGUGUAAAAGCAAUCUGCUGUUGGUGCUAUUUGCGAAGCUAACGUUACGUUAACCUGAAGAGCUAACGUCAACGGCAGCCAGGAGAGAAUGACUGCUAUCCAAUUAAUAAAUAUUCAACGGUUAUUGGAAGCUGCCGAAUAUAUAGAGAGGAGAGAUAGAGAGUGUGAACACGGAUAUGCUUCGACAUUUCCAUCAAAUGAGGACACAAACUACCAGAGGCAAAGGAAAUUUCGAAACAAGAAGUUCAGCAAUAACCACAAUAGGUCCACACACAAUGAGCUGGAGAAGAAUAGGCGAGCUCACCUGCGGCUGUGUCUCGAGCGGUUGAAGGCCCUCAUACCCCUGGGACCCGACUGCAACCGGCACACAACCCUGGGCCUGCUCAACAAAGCCAAAUCACACAUAAAGAAACUUGAAGAUGCAGACAGGAAGAGCCAGUACCAGCUGGAGUCUCUGGAGCGGGAGCAGCGACACCUCCAGCGCCAGCUGGAGCUGCUGAGGGGGGGCAGUGGUGCUGCAGCCCAGAGCAGCCCAGGGGAGGGGGAGAGGAUACGCAUGGACAGUGUGGGCUCCACCCUCUGCUCCGACCGCUCCGACUCUGACCAGGAGGAGAUUGAGGUGGAUGUGGAAAGCACAGAGUUCUCCCAUGGAGAGCUGGACAGUGUGAGCAUAGCCAGCACCAGCGACCUGGACGACCACAGCAGCCUGCAGAGCAUGGCCAGCGACGAGGGCUACUCCUCCUGCAGUGUCAAACUUGCCUUCUCCUCCUAGACCUCCCACUCCGCCACCGCCAGCAUCUCCUCCCUGCCAAACCCGCCGGCCCUCCCAUCUGUUUCUCCAUCCAGCCAUGUCUACGUGCACACACCCCCGCCGUCACCUCCGCCUACGACGGCCACAGCUGACAGCGUUCCUGUCGCUCCUGCCUCUCAGCAGCGCCCCCUAUGGCUCCUAGUCUUUAGUCCCCCCCCCCCACCCCACCCCCCUUUACUCCUGCGCUGCUGAGGAGCUCCACUGAAAGCUUUCCUGAACUUUGAGCCGCCAAGACCAACACCCGGGACACAGACACAGCCAUGUGAAACUGCCCAUCAAUUUUAAUCUGCUUUUAAAGGGAGAUCAGAGUUGGUUGAUAUAUUAAAAAAAAACAUCAUCCUGUUUUUUUAAAACCCACCUAAUUGAAAUGAAUGAUUGAUUUCACCUUUUGGCUUUUGAUGAACUCUUAAAUGUCUGAAUUUUUGUAAUAUUACACAACCCCGAAUUUGACUUGAAAUGCACUUAAAUUCGUAUGAUAUGAAAUAAUUCAGAGUUUAGGGUUCUUCCCCCUGUGGGCUGUGUGUUUCCUGUGCAUCCCUUCUUAACGUUGUGGUGUUGGGUCUGGUUAAACGGCAGCACAUCUAAUCUGGACUGUAAUCAACACUGUGGGUGAACUUUGCCAUAUCAGCACAGCUUGGCCCUGAUGAACGUCCCUUCAGGCCUGAAUUUAGUCCUUGUCUUAUCGUUUUUCAUUACCUCUGUUCGACACCGCAGAAGCUCGGACACUCGAAUUGGUGCUAUUGUGAAACAAACCAAUGGGAAAAGCAGAUCAGAUCCACCACCACAGAGCUUUUAAAGCAAACAAAGUGUGUCUGCAGUGAUUGUUUCCAACCAGGCACGGAGGAAAACAACCAAAAAAAUGGAGGAAAAAACAACAUUCCUGUUGAAUGUGGGUGCUCAGUGCAUUUUUAAAGAGUGCAAAUUGUAACUUGUGUGUUUUGUUUUGGUUUCUCUCCCCUCGACAAGCAGCUACGACAAGCUAUCCUGCACUUGCCUACUUUAGAGCUGUCCAUAGAAAUGGCACAAACCAACAAAAAACAAAACAAGAACAGCAACAAGGAAAAAGUCCAAACAACAACAAACUUUGGAAUAGAUGUCCAUUCUCUUUCCAGCAGUAACAAGCAAUAACUCUUGUAGUCCUUUUUGUCUCGUCAGAUUGAACCCCCUUCCUCUUAUUUUUCUUCUCCCCUAUGAAGACUGUGUGACCGUCCAAAAAGCAAAUGUAUUUUCUUUUGUUUGUACAUAAAAAUAGCUUAAUGAAUUAAACCUUACAAAGGAGUUAAAAAAAAGUUAGAGCUCAUGGAUAGAAUAUAUUGCCUCUGUUGCUGUUUGACCUGUGUUUAUUGUGAAUGUCAAAACUUUUGGGGGGGGAUGUAUUUGGCAUUCCUAACGUGGUCAGGUGAUCUGUGGAGGGAAAGCCUGGAGUUUAGGGAGGAAAAAACGGGUUGUAUGAUGUCAAUGUUCGCUAUCCCAACUCCACUGGCAUUAAGAAUUGCACUUCAGCCACAGCUCUAUGUACAUUUUAUUUCCCACUGUCCUUCUCUCAUGGAGCUCACCUGAAUCCUUUUGUAUGUGGAAAAAAAAAAAACUCCUUUUAAAAUAUUUAUUUCUCAAUCCCUGAAAUGACACACGCAAUGGGGAAAGAGAAGUUAACUUAUUUUGGUUUUGUCUUAUUGUACUCCUCCUUUUGAUGCUUAUUCCUCAUUCCUUAUUUUAAGAAUAGUAUAUUUUAUGGCUUAUUGUAAUUUUGUUUUCGGGGUGGUGUGGGUGGGACGGGAUAUGAAAUGUAGCCGUUUUAUUUUAAUUUUAUGUUUUAUUCAAUGGACACUUGAAAUGUAAUCGGCCCCUAAGCUGCUCCUGGUGCUGAGCCCCGUCUGUUUAGAGUCACCAGCCUUGUCCUCAGUUGACCCCCCCCCAACAACACGCAAUGCCUGAGAUGAUGCAUGCAGACCCUAAACAACUCGAUAGCCUGAUAGACAAGAUGGCUUCCCUCCAUACCCAGCCUUCUUCACUACUAGUAUAUCAAUUCUCCUGUCCCGUUGUUUUAGGGUCUGUGCUGAGGGGGUGGGGGUCAUCUCUUCACAAGGUUUUAUCUAUAGCCAAGACUUUACUGGCAAAUUGAGCCAGCUACUACACAAUAAAAGGGGUAUAAAACUCCACCUUCCUCUAUUAGAGGGGUUGUAGUCUCUAUUAGACUUGUGUUUUAGUUGACAAAAUGUGUCUUACAUUUACAAUUCAAUGCCUCUGACUGAGGAUUUCAAGAAAAAAAUCAACAAAAUGAACAAAUCCUUUUGGUUUUCCUGAAGGACGUCAUUAAGGUGUAGAGUUUGACAUGUAAGCUCUUUGAGGAGCUAUGUUGAGGUUGUUGGACUUGGCACUGAAUCAGAAAGUCAAUGCUUCAGGUGCUUGACUAUUUAAAUAAAACAAAUGCCAAAAACACCUUAGAACGCCUCAGUGUCCUCUCUCUCUCUAUAUAUAUAUAUAUAUAUAUAUCUCUGAGGGAAAGUUUACAUUUAUUCUUCCCCUGUUUAAGUUAUUAACCUUCAACUCUUUGUUUUUUUGGUCUUCAUAUGUUGGUUUCAUGAACCUGCACUGCUGACAGGAAAAAGGUCCUGUGUUUGACAACAAAAUGAAUUCCACUCAGACCCGGAUCGCAUCCUAUUGGUGUUUUUAACCUGCUCGGAGUACAAUAUAUUUUUAACACAGUGGAGCGAUUCUGAUAGUGAUGGGUUUUGUUGUUCACCACUGAAAUGUGUGAAAACUGUCUGGCACUCAUUGUAUCGUCUCAUGUGGAAAAACUAGUCUAAACUUGUAGUCCCGGACGGGAUAUAACAAACUGUAAGAACUGAUUUUACUGAGGCCAGGUCUGUCCUCUCUCAUGUGAGUGUACAGUGUGUGUGUGUGUGUGUGUGUGUGUGUGUGUGUGUGUGUGUGUGUGUGUGUGUGUGUGUGUGUGUAUGAAUGUGUGUGUGUGUGUGUGCGUGUGCGUGCGUGCGUGCGUGUGUGCUCUAUGUUCUUACUAAGGCUGAGCUUUAGAGAGGCACCUGCUCCACAACGAGUCUGCACUGAUCUCAGUUUGGCUGAUUCCCACCUGCUACUCAUUAAAUAUUAGACUUCUGGAGCAUAUUUGUCCAAAAAAAGAGACAAUAUAGCCAGUGUCUAAUAUAAUUUCUGGGACUGUCACAUAAUAUGCAGCAAAAAUGUUGCUAAAAAAAGUUAACUGAGCUCAAGGUGCAGACUGGUCCUGGAUCAGCCCAGGUUAGUUGGGAUGUCUGACAAAGAGUUUCUGGCUAUAUGUUGCAUAUUCAAAACAAUAGCAUAUCUUCAUAAACUGGUGAUCACAAAGCUAUAUUUUUACCUCUGUGUUUUAAGUUAAUGCAGUCCUAUGGUCCAGGUUAACUUUCUAGGAGGGUUCAGUCCCAGUUUUGCAGCUUGGCCAGAAUGUGCAGUGUAUUUUGUAAAUCACACUCUAUUCUGGCAUCUGGCUUUGAGCAAACAGCUACAUGAGGAAUAUGUUAGCCCAACCAAAACGAGUAGUCCCACGUGGGGAGUUGUCCUGUUGUUCUGAACCUGUGGCUAUCCUUUGUAAAACAUGCUGUCUGAUGAUGAUUCUAGCCGUGUAAGUUGAAGAUGCAAUACUUACAAUAAAACACCAAGAUUUUCAAACCUGAA